AAAAAAAAAAAAAGAAACUCACUUUCCGUCUCUCUCGAUGAGGAGGAACUGCAACUUAGAACUACGGCUUUUCCCUUCUCCUGCCUCCGACCACCGCUCCAUGGAAGAAGAAGAAAGUAGGAGUAGCCCGUUACAAGGACAGCAGACACCGCAAUCACACCCACUCACCAUAUUCUACGAUGGCAAGAUUUCCGUUUGUGACGUCACUCAAUCUCAGGCAAGAUCCAUCUUAAUGCUUGCAAGAACACCAACAUCAACUGGGUCUUCAGUGGAGCCAUGUUCACCAGCAUUGCUUCAAUCAUCGUCACAGCAACAACAAUAUUAUAAUAAUAAUUUGCAUAGCCCCGGGAGUAGUCUUUCCAUGAAAAGAUCGCUGCAGAGGUUUCUCCAAAAGAGAAAGAACCGCCUUCAGGAAGCAUCCCCCUACCAUCACUAGCUACAACCAAAACUAUAUAAGCUAAUUAAAUAGAGAUAUUUCAAAAUUUUGGUUGCUUAAUUAAUUAGCUUUCUGCCUUCUAUGAAACAUAUAUAUAUGGACAAUCAAUGGUUUGUAAAUUAUGUAGCUUAGCAUUUCUUGAUCAGCUAGCCUUACUUCUCAUGCCAUAUGUUAUUUGGUUUCUUCAUUAAUAAUAUUAUUUUAUUAUCUUCUUUUUUA